UAUAUCAUACAUGUAGAGAGAGAAGAGAGAGAGAGAAAUUGGGGCAAAAUUGCAGAGGAACGCACUGUUACACACACAACACACACACAAACGGAGCUCAAAAUCUCGUUUCUCGGGCCAUCCAUUCACGGAUAUCAAGGAAUUUCUGCUUUUUCAUUUUCCAUUUUUAGUUUUUUUUGCCACCCCUCUUUUCUCCUCUCUUAAUUUUCCAUGAGCUUUGAUUUUGCUCGAAUUCUCAUUUUCUUCAAUGGCCAGUCAUCUCUGCUGCAACCUUUAGAGAGAGAAACCAAACCCCUUGAUCCAUCUGCUCCAAUUCGAUCUCUUAAAUCUGAAUUCAACCCAUGUUUUAUAUUGGAAAGCAAUAAGGCUUUCAAAAGCUCUUGAAGAGGGGGUUCUCUGUCUUUCCAUGGCCUGAGUUUGAACAGUCAUGGAUAGCUUCAGUGACGAGGGCGAAGAAUCGCGGUUCUUUGACGCCCUCGAGCACAUUGUGCAGGAGCCUGAUGUUGCUUCUAGUGCCUCCUCGUCUGAAGAUAGGGAAUAUGAGCUGUGGGCUAGCAUUUCUCGAAGUGUUAGGGAGCGCCGCAGCAAAUUCAUUAGCCGGAUGUUGAGCAGUGGUGAUGCAUCUCAAGGGAGAAAUUCUAUGGAUGCCUCUGGUUGUGGAGAUGAUGGUGGUGUUGUCACUGGAGAUAUUCACAGAGCUGUGGAGGAUGAUGGGGCUGUGUUGGGAACUUCGGGUUUAGAAGAAAAUUUCUCUUCUGGAAUCUCUUCUUUGCCUAGAUGGGAUGCUGGUGAUUUGGAUAUGCCCCAAGGAGUUGGUUCAGAUGAUAUCAAUAGGACUUGUAAUGGUGGAACUGAGUUUAGGGUGAUGCAAAAUGACAGGCUACAAGAUAUUUGGGCCAGUGGGUUGGACCAGUUUCGAUCAUCUCUAAAAUUUGAGGCUCAAUCUACUUCCUCUGAUCAGCAACUUGCAAAGAAGGAGACUGAGUUUAAUCGUGAUACCCCUAAAUUCAUCGAUAGAUUGAAGGAUAGGUGGGUGAGUAGAUGGCGCUCCAUGAGUUGCAGGAUGAGUGUGAAUGUGAAGGAUGAUAAAGAUGAUGCUAGAUUACAUUGCGUUAGCCAAGCUCGGGCAAAAAAGAACAGUAGGGUCAAGGUUCAACACAGUCGGAAAAAGCUAAAAGAACUCUCAGGCCUCUUUGUAGGACAAGAUAUCCAAGCCCACGAGGGAUCGAUAUUGGCGAUGAAAUUCAGCCUUGACGGGCAGUACCUAGCAAGCGCUGGUGAAGACAAGAUUGUGAGAGUAUGGCAAGUGGUGGAAGACGAGAGAUCAGAAACAAUUGACAUCUCAGAUGUGGACCCUUCGUGUGUGUACUUCUCGGUGAAUCAUCUGUCUGAAUUGGCACCUCGUGUAGUGGAAAAAGAUAGAUUUGGUAAAUCAAUGGGGCUAAAAAAGACACCGGAAUCAGCCUGCAUUGUUUUCCCUCGAAAGGUUUUUCGUCUUUUAGAGGAGCCAUUGCAUGUUUUCCGUGGACACAGCGCGGAGGUCCUGGACGUUUCAUGGUCGAAGGAUAAUUGCCUGCUUACAUCAUCGGUUGAUAAAACUGUUCGCUUGUGGAAGGUAGGCGUUGAUCAUUGUCUGAAGGUCUUCCACCAUACAGAUUAUGUGACCUGCAUUCAGUUUAACCUUGUUGAUGACGACCGAUUCAUCAGUGGCUCAAUAGAUGGGAAGGUCCGCAUGUGGAGCAUCAGACGCUCUAAAGUUAUUGACUGGACGGAAAUAAAGGACAUAGUCACUGCUGUUUCGUACAGCCCUGAUGCGCAGGGAGGGGUUAUUGGUUGUGUUACGGGGACCUGUCACUUCUUCAACAUAUCAGAUAAUCACUUCCAGCUGGAGAGAGAGAUGUGUUUAGCCGGAAAGAAGAAGUCGUCCUGCAAAAGAAUAAUUGGCUUUCAGUUCUCACCACGAGACCCAACGAAAAUCUUGGUUACUUCUGCUGAUUCACAAGUCAGAAUCGUCGAUGCUGAGCUAAAUGUUGUCGAAAAAUACAAAGGCCUUCGCAAUGCAGGGAACCAGAUUUCUGCCUCGUUUUCUCCACGGGGAAAGCAUAUUGUAUCAGCUAGCGAGGAUUCACAUAUUUAUGUUUGGAACUACAAUGGUGAUGGAGAAUCGCCUUUCUCACAACCAAAGCCUGCUAGGUCGUUCGAAUGCUUCUCAGCUGAUGCCUCCGUUGCUAUAACGUGGCCUGGCCUAAAAUCUGAGUCGCAACACGACAGAUCAGUUAAUUCAUUGCCGUUCUUUUCAUCCACUGGCUUCUCGCUAAGCCAAGAGUUUCCCACUGACUCCAACUCAAGGGGCUCAGCAACAUGGCCGGAGGAAAAGCUUCCCAUGCCAAGCCCCCAAGCCAUAACGUCUUCAAUGAGCAAGUCUGAGUACAAGCUUUUCAGGACCUCUUUCCAGAGCUCGUCGACUUCUCACGCUUGGGGCAUGGUUAUCGUCACCGCCACUUGGGACGGUCGAAUUAGGUCAUUCCACAAUUACGGUCUGCCAAUACCCCUUUAACACAUGGCACCUUUUGCUAACAAUUUACCUCUUUAUCCUAUGUGCCUCAAAAUUGAUUGCACAAUUGGUUGGCAAGGAAACCCUAUCCGUUAAAUCGCUACGUAUUUUUGGGGGUAUUCGAGGAUAGUGACCGUUGGGCCCGUUCAUUCAUUAGAGAUGAGACGGGCAAUGACAGCUGGCUGGAGUCAAAAUGUUCGAAUUCUUGAGAGAGCUGAGGUUUGCUACACUGCCCCAUCUUUUCGUUGCUGGGCUUAAUUAUAUCGAUGAUUCUUUCAUUUAUUAAGUCUCUGCUGGCCCAUCUGAGAAACCAUGAGAAAGAAACGGUGUCUGCUUGAGAUUGAUGUGCAUUAUGGAGGUGCUCGUGGGGCCUCGUAUAGCCUGUUCCAUACGUUUUAUACGUGGUGGGGCUAGAGGGGCUGGUGGCCGGAAUCUGUCGUAGGAAAAGUAGUGGGGAAUGGUUUCUUUGUGGCUGCAUAAUUGAGUUUUCAUUUGUCUGCCAUUUUUAUUCUUGAUGGAAAGAAAAUAGUGAAAGGGAUUGUAAAGCAUCCAUUUCUGAGACUAAUUGCACCCCUUAUGUGAGUUUAGUGCCGUCUCCUGUGAACCGUUGGAUGCGAGCUGGCUCGACCGGCUCGUCGAUGCUGCGAUGUUCGGGAGCUGUGGAUGAUGCUGAUGCAUUUAGAUGAUUCUAUUAUGAGUUUAAAAUUUUAAGGGAUUUGAUAGUUUUGAAAAGAGAAAAAGGGAAAAGUUUAGAUGUUUAUGGUGACAUUUGAUGUAAAUAGAUUGUGUACAGUUGGUGUAUAUUUUUCCAACUUAUACCAUUCGAAGUAGUUAAUAUUGUUACAUUAUUUGUAACGUUUUGUAAUUAUUAGUACUGCUAGUAUUUUUCUUUCUCAAGUA